AUGCGCUACAAGUUGCAUGCCCCCGUUGAAGUCGUGAACCUCCUGCCAUACGACUUCAAAUACAGGAUCUACGAUGACAACACGAAGAAGGAUUGGACGAACUUCUUGCGUAAGGGAGGCGUCAGCCCUGUGCACGUUGUGGAACUUUCCCACUUGCUGCUCAUGAGCGUUGAUAUGCAGGACACGCCGUUCAAGCCCAGCAAGUUCUCCGUCAUCAACUCGUCCGACAAGGAGAACUUCCGACGUGAGAAGACUGUGGAAGUCAAGGACAAUCAGGACCUGGCAUUGCGCCUGAAACUCCACUACUACAACAUUCCCGAUAGUGGAGGUGCUUUCAAGGUCGCUGUGUACAGCCCUUACGUUAUCCUCAACAGGACCGGGCUUGAGCUCGACGUGCGGAGCAAGGCAUUCCUGGGUCAAGCGAAGGCCGCCGCGGGUGCCGGCGUGUUUGCAAACACGCAGGGCGAUUCGACCAGAGCCCAGCCGUUCAUGUUCUCCUUCCCUACCGAUGACCACAAGAAUCGUGCACUCAUCAAGGUCGGUGAUUCGAACUGGAGCAAGCCGCAGAGUUUCGACGCGAUUGGUAGUACGUACGAUGUUGCGCUUCCGAGCGCCCAAGGGAGAUCAGAUAUGCACGUGGGCGUCACUGUUGAAGAGGGAGAGGGCAAGUACAACUUGAGCAAGGUUGUUACCAUUGCUCCACGGUACAUCAUCAAGAACAAGAUGAGCGAGGAUAUCAACAUCCGUGAGCCCGGAUCCUCGAACAUUCUGACGUUGAAGAACGGCGACCUCCUGCCUCUUCGCUAUCUGCGAUCGGGCGAGCGUCAGCAACUCUGCUUGUGCUUCCCCGGUGUCAACAAUCAGUGGUCAGCACCUUUCGACAUUGCAAAUGUCGGAAGCGUCCACGUGAAGCUCGCCAAGGCUGGUCAGCGUCAGAAGCUGAUUCGUGUCGAGAUUCUCAUGGAAGGAGCGACCAUUUUCUUGCACGUUAGUGUGGAGACCAAGCACUGGCCCUUCUCCAUGCGCAAUGAGAGCGACACGGAAUUCUUGUUCUGGCAGACUAACCCGAACGUUGACGAGGACGAGGAAGAUAACGGUUCUGGCUGGCGUCCCAUCCGGUACCGUCUUCCGCCAAAGAGCAUUAUGCCGUACGCCUGGGACUACCCGGCGGCCAAGAACAAGGAGAUUGUGCUCAAGGCCAACAAUAAAGAGCGGCACGUCAAGCUCGCCGAGAUUGGCAAUCUGGUUCCGCUCAAACUUCCGCCGGCUCAGAGUUCCAGCCGUGGCAAGAUCAUCGAUCUCAGUGUCGUUGCGGAUGGGCCGACGCAGACGCUUGUCAUCUCUAACUGGAAGCCUUCGAAGAGUUUGUACAAGCAGAAGUCGGCCUCGGCAUCCAGAUCUACCACGGACGGCUUUGAAGUCAAGGAUGUGGACACGGAUGUUACAUUCAAGGCCAAGCUGCGUAUUGCUGGUAUCGGAAUCUCACUCGUCAACAGACAGCUCCGUGAACUCGUUUACAUCACCCUGCGUGAUAUCGAGUUCAAUUAUGGUGACUCGGCGCUGUACCAGCAGUUCUCCAGCACUAUCAAGUGGAUUCAGAUCGACAACCAGCUCUACGGCGGUAUCUUCCCUAUUCUGUUCUACCCCAGUGUUGUUCCCAAGACGGGCAAGGAAAUGGAGGCACACCCAAUUCUCCAGGCCUCGAUCACGAGGGUCAAGGAUGAUUCGUACGGUGUGCUGUACAUCAAGUACUUCUCCUUCCUGUUGCAGCAGAUGACACUCGAAAUCGACGAAGACUUCAUCUUCGCGCUUCUUGACUUUGCCAAGAUUCCUGGAGCGUCUUGGUCUGAGGUCAAGGAAGGAAAGCUUUGCGACGAGGAGCUUGACAUCCCAGAGCCGAAGCAGGAACAGGGCGGCCAGGAUGUCUACUUCGAGCUUCUGCACCUGCAGCCAAUGCAGUUCGAUUUGUCCUUCGUCCGUACUGAGCGUAUCAACGCCGAAGACACGAUGACUUCCUCUAACCCCUUCAUGUUCGCCGUCAAUGUCCUCACCAUGUCCAUCGGUAACGUCAAUGAUGCUCCGCUGCGGUACAACGCCCUCAUUCUAGAGAAUGCUCGCGUAUCGGUCGCGGCUCUUGUCAACAGCAUCAAGAACCACUACGUCCAGGAGAGUUUGCGCCAAGUCCAUCUCAUUCUUGGAUCCGCCGACUUCCUUGGCAACCCUGUUGGCUUGUUCCAGAACGUAUCGUCUGGUGUCACCGACAUCUUCUACGAGCCUUACAAGGGUCUCGUCAUGACGGACAGGCCUCAGGACCUUGGUAUUGGCAUUGCGAAGGGUGCGUCCAGUUUUGUCAAGAAAUCAGUCUUCGGUUUCUCGGACAGUAUGGCCAAGUUCACCGGCAGUUUGUCUAAGGGUCUUGCCGUUGCCACGAUGGACCAGGAGUUCCAGAACUCUCGUCGUAUGAAGCGUUCAAGGAACAGACCGAAGCACGCUCUUGGCAUCGGCGGCCUCGCCCGCCACCCGCUGCAGGGCGCGGAGAAGGAGGGUACUCUUGGCUUUGUCAAGGGCAUUGGUAAGGGCUUGCUGGGUGUUCCCACCAAGGCCGCCAUCGGCGCGUUCGAUCUUGCGUCCAACAUGGCCGAAGGCGUGCGCAACACGACAACCGUCUUCGACCAAGAGGGUCUCGACCGUGUCCGCCUGUCCCGUUUCAUCGGCCAGGACGGCAUCGUGCGUCCCUACAGCCAGCGCGAGGCGCUCGGCCAGUUCUGGCUCAAGACGCUGGACAACGGUCGCCACUUCAACGAGGACUACAUCGCGCACCUGGAGCUCCCCGGCAAGGACCUGCUGGUCAUGCUGACGUACAACGGCAUCAUGCUGGUGAAGACGCGCAAGCUGACGACCGAGUGGGACGUGCCGCUCAAGGACAUCCAGACCAUCAGCAAGGAGCGGACGGGCAUGAGCAUCACGCUCAAGGGCGGCACCAACGGGCCGUUCAUCCCCGUCGCGGACGAGCAGAGCAGGAACUGGCUGUACAGGCAGAUCGCGGUGGCGGUGAACGCGUACAACGAUAAGUGGAAUGCCAAGGGUUGA